AUGCUGGCCCGAACACGAGGGUUCUCGAGGUUCUUCCGCCGCCGUGAAGACGACUUCACUCGCUCCUACGACGAGUACCUUGCCCAGUUAGACCGACGGGAUGAGGAAGCACGGAGAAAACAGAGUGCUGCUGCUAGCGCUCAAGAAGCCGCUACUGUGCCUCGCCUGGUCCCCAAAACUAUCACAGAGGAGCUACCCAAGGACCCGCCAACAGAACUCCAACAGCCAGUGCUGGUAGCGCGUAAACAGCCAUCACUGACAGGAGAGCUGCCACUGCUGAUAUACGAUGACCAUCAUACCGAGAUCAGCCAGCUCGAAAUCAUGAUUGACGAAGCCAAAGCUGAUGCCGAAUCGCUCCCCAGCCGCCAACACACCACCACCCCUGACCUCGCCAGCGUCGACCCGGAACAAUUCCUCUCCGAAACCAGUGCCUACCUCCACGACUCUCUUCAGAUAUCGCCCAUGGCAUCAGUGGAGCCCUCUAGCCCUAUAGAACUGGUGCACCUGCGCCAGCCGAGCCCGCUGCCUCUGCUCCGAUUACUGGGGCCACCGUCUCCCAUAUCGCCUACAAAGCCGACAUCCAAGGACCUUCUGACUCGUCGCCUUACUCCGUUAGCCCCGUCAAACAAACAUAACUCUGCGCUGGGCAGCCACAAAACUCCAGGGGCUGAGUCCACUACUCCAGCGUUGGACGAUGUCUACACUCCCCACACUAGCGGCAGCGGCAGCGGCAGUGACACCCCGGCACUGGACGUGAGUCCCGUGUUCUCCAUCCAGCACGAUAACCGGCUGCUGCUGCUGCUGCGACUGCUGGGGGGAGGCCUUGCCCUCCCACCCCCAAAGCAGCCGGUGCUUCAACCUAAACCGCUGCGUUUAUUUGAUGCCAUCUAUAACCGGCCCAUUGCCGAGCCCAAAACCAAAUGGCUUGAGCAAUCGACAGCGGAGACCCUUACGUCUGCCAAAACGGAGACUACUAUCACCUCAGAACCAAAGACAAUUCAGUCUCGCCCCCACCAUAGCCCACCGCUGAUCAAACUGCUGCCGAAAAAGGUCCAACGGCGUAAGCCUCCCGCAGACACCACCACCACCACCACCAUCACAAAAACUGCGAAGAAGCCGUUGACGCCUCGCCAGCAGCAGAAGAUAGACGCCCAGCGCGAAGCUCUUUACGCCAUCUCCCUGAAGAAGCACACCGCCCGCGUGGCACCCAUGUCCCGGCUUAAGAUCCAAUUGCCGCCGAAGAAGAAGCAGCCAGCGGUGCGCCAGUGGCUGUUUGAGCUCUGCACCAUCAACGCCGACGACGACAACCACCUGAUGAGUUACGAAAAUUUCAUGAAGUUGCUGCAUAAGUACAGCCAUUAA